UUUUGUUUGUAUUAAACUUUACCAUUUAAAACUUAUUAAAUAUAUCACGGAUGAAUAUUUAAUAAAUGCUGUUUAACUUAAUAAAAAUCGAGGUGCCACCUAAACUUAUUUGCAAUUUGAUUUUGUGGUUUCUGGUGAUUGCCUCUUGGUAUUGUGCUAUUAAUUUGGAUUAUUACUUCUGGAGUAAUCAGAAGAUUUCCACCAAAUAAUGCCAUUUACAGCAGAUGCAGCAGCUGCACAACAAGUCCAAGAACGGUUAAAAUCAGUGCAACAACUUGUACACGAAAUAGAAAAGAAAAGGGCCCAAUGUGAAUUAGGGAUUGCUGCAUUACAAAAUUACACACAGGACGAAAAAGGAGGACAUAGUUCACAAAAACUUAAAUCCCUGUAUAAAAAUGUUAUAGCUCAAACAGAACAGGAAGAGGAUGUGAUUCGUAAAGCUUUACAGAAAAUCACUGAGAUACGGAAUAUAAAAAAUGAGAGAAGAAUUCAGGCCAGAAUUGUUUCAAACAAGGAAUCCUUAAGAAAAGGAAUAUGGAUGAAAAUGCUGUAUAGUUCUGCUCAGACUCUACCCCUUUAUGUUGGAAAAAUUGGAGAAAAACCACCACCGCUAUGUGGAGCCAUACCAGCUGAUCCAAAUUAUAUUGCCAAAGUAGGUGAUAUGGUGGCUGCGUUGGCAAAGCAUGCCACAGAAGGCGAGAAUUGGAUAUUAGCCGAAGUUGUCUGUUACAAUCACAGUACAAGCAAGUAUGAAGUGGAUGAUAUUCUUAAAGAGCAAAAUCAAAAGGGCCGUCAUACAUUAAGUAGGCGUAGGGUUAUACCAUUACCUUUAAUGAGGGCAAAUCCAGAGACUGAUCCACAGGCUCUGUUUCCUCAGGGUACUUUAGUAAUGGCGCUGUUUCCUCAAACUACUUGCUUUUAUCAGGCUUUGGUAAACAAACCACCCUCUACCCAUAUGGACGAGUACGAAUUGUUGUUUGAAGAUCCUAACUAUACAGAAGGAUAUAGUCCACCUCAUUCUGUUGUUCAGCGGUACGUUAUUGCCUGUAAACAGAAGAACAAACAGGUGGGUCAAGGUACUAGUUGACAGUACGCCUCGGACAGUGGCAUGUCUGACAAUGAUGAGAUGAUGGAAGCCAGUGUCAUAGCAAACUGAGUAAAAAGAAUGUAAAACGAAUUCGAUCGCGUUGUACAAUGCUUGAUUGUAAUAUAAACUAUGCUUUAUUAGAUACUACUAUUGUGCGACAAUAUACUUCUAAUAUAUAAUAAUUUACAUAAUAAUAUGUAACUUAAUGGUAUAUGGAUACAAAUUAUAUUUUAACAUUCACCUUUUAAUAUAUUCAAGUUCUUAAACUUGUCUAUGUAAUUAUCAGUAUGAACGUCUACAUCUUUUCAAUGUACAUAAUAUAUGACUUCAUUUACGCCUGUUUCUCUGUUCAUUCUAAGAGUAAAGCUAUUUCAUUGCGGAUUUCAUAUUUUCGGUUUGUUUUUCUAUUUACAUUAUAUUAAAUUUGCAAGUUUUCGUACAAAAAACAUUAUCAACAAUUUCACUUGUAUAUAAGGCUGGAUCUCGGCAUAGUUUUUUAGAUUUGUAGAGUCUUCUUUUUGUUCUUCUGCAUAUUUCUCUUUAUUUCUCAAUGUUGUUAGAUCAUCUGAUGUAUUGCUUUUUAAUUCUCAAUUGUACAUUAAAUAACUUUUAAUAUUAUAGAUAGUACGAUGAGUGUAUGUAAGUAGUAUCCUCAGGAACAUUUAAUUAUACAAUGUAAUUGAGAACAAGACUUUUAU